UGUGUGAAUCAUUUGUGUUUCAAGCAAACGUGCGAACACCUAACUGACUCAGUACCGGUUAGACUCCGGUAUAGGUUUCGAUCACAAUGGAAUAUUCAACCCUCGAGGGUUCUUCUGGAGCCCACAAGAAAAAUCUCAUCAAGUGGAAAGACGCCUGCAUCACCGGUCUGGUCGGUCUGUUGAUAGGUUUAGCUAUUGGACUUUUUAUUGGAAAUUUUGAUAAGAAGGAACUUGGAGAUGGUGUCUUUCUGCCAGGAAUUUCGAACAAAAUUAUCCAAGAUGGUGACCCAGCUGUAAGCGACAUCAUCAUGGACGCCAUCAAAAGUGAAAACAUCAGGGAAUAUCUGAGAGACCUGACUCAGCUACCCCAUCUCGCGGGGACAGAGGCUAACUACCGCCUGGCCAUGGAACUACAUGACUUCUGGAGACAGGAGGGACUGGACGAGGUCUACGUCACGCCUUAUGACGUCCUGUUGUCCUACCCAAACGUCACUGAUGACGACAUGAUGAACCGGAUAGAGCUGAUCAACGCCACCGGCGGAGUAGUGUACCAGUCUCCGCUAAGGGAGGCAAUUCUACACCCGAGUGAGAACAAGAGUGGUGUGGUACCGCCCUUUAAUGCCUACUCUGCCCCCGGGGAUAUCACAGCGGAGCGCCUGGUUUACGUGAACUACGGGAGGCUGGAGGACUACCGCUGGCUGAGAAACAAUACCUCGGUCAACGUCACCGGCGCCAUUGUAAUAGCCCGGUAUGGGCAGCCCUUCCGGGGCGACAAGGUCAAACUGGCCACUAGAUAUGGCGCUAUCGGUAUCAUUCUUUACUCGGAUCCUGCAGAGGAUGUACCAAACGGAAGUACGUCAAAAGUGUACCCGGAUGACUGGUGGCUUCCUCCGUCGGGAGUACAGCGGGGCACCGUGGGAAAAAUGAGCGGCGAUCCGCUAACACGAGGAUACCCUGCUACAGAAACAGCGUACAGGUACCAACAGGACAGCAGUGAGGCGGACCUGCCUACUAUACCAGUCCACCCUGUAGGUUACGGCACGGCAGAGAUACUUCUCAGGGAGCUGUCUGGAGAAGAGGUUCCCCCUCAGUGGAAAGGGGGUUUAAACAUCACGUAUAGACUCGGAGGAGUAUUACAGACGGACGGCUGGACAAUACGGAUGUUUAUUUCAACACAGAGUUACAUGAGGCGAAUUCAUAACGUGUUCGGAGUAAUACGAGGAGCCAUAGAACCAGACCGGUACGUGUUGAUUGGUAACCACAGAGACGCAUGGGUGUUUGGCGCCAUUGACCCUUCAAGUGCCACGGCCGUCAUGAAAGAAGCAUCGAGAGUAAUGGGAAACCUGGUGAAACAAGGGAGAUGGCGGCCGCGACGCUCUAUCAUAUUCUGUAGCUGGGAUGCGGAGGAGUACGGGCUCUUCGGCUCCUAUGAGUGGGUUGAGCAAUACGUGAAAAACCUUGCCGCUCGAUCAUUAGCCUACAUCAACAUUGACGUGGCCGUGACAGGGAACGCUACAUUUGAACCCAUUGGUACACCCCUGAUGCACACCAUUACAUAUGAUGCAACCAAAAAGGUUGUAAACCCCGAUUCCUCUGAAUCAGGAGAGGGUAUAGUCACUGUCUACGAUAAAUGGUUGAAGAGAUUCCCAGCACCUGGUACAUCUAGACCUUUAUUUCGUAUGGCUGCGUCGCAGAGUGACCAUGCUCCCUUUAUACAACUAGUAGGGAUUCCCAGUGUAAUGUUAGCAUUUACUGGUGAUUCGAUUCCUGGCGCCAAUCCCCUGUAUCACACUAGAUACGAUACAUUCCACAUCUUGGAUGAAAUAAUUGACAGGGGCUUCAAGACCCACCGUGCAGUUUGUCAAGUCACAGCCGAAAUGGCAAGGAAUUUGGCAGACUCUCUGACAGUGCCUUUUAAUGUGAGUGACCUUUCAGAACAGCUUCAGAUGCGUGUCACAAUACUUGACAUGGAGUACGGACAGCUCCUCAGAACCCACGGUAUCCACUUCGAAUGGUUGCAGGAAGCAGCAGAGAAUUUUUCUUCAGAAGUCAUCAAAUUUCAAACAAGAGCAGAUAACAUUAACAUGAAUGAUCCUUUCGCCAUUCGUCGGAUUAAUGACCAGCUGAUUUUACUGGAGAGAGCCUUUAUUGACCCGGCUGGACUACCCGGACGGCCCCUGGCGAGGCAUGUGCUAUUUUCGCAUCUCGAUGUUAAUUCAUACGUUGGAACUACUUUUCCCGGACUAGUGGACUCCCUUUUGAAACUGGCGGAUGCUUCAGAAGACGAAACCAAGGCACUAUGGGAAGUCAUAAAGCAACACUUCUCCGUGUUGGUAUUCACUAUUCAGUCAGCGCAGACUACGCUUCGGGAAGUGACCACAUUUAUGCCAGAUUUUCAGGAAACUGUGUGACUCAAUUGAUGAAU